AUGGAUGAAAAACAAGCUCUUUUACGUAAAAAAUUUGAUUAUGAGUUAAAAUUUAAUAGAAGAGAUCAAAAAGUUAGUGAAGAUGAUGAAGACGUGAGUUCAGAAGGAUCUGAUGAUUGGUGGGAAGAACAAUCAGAAUGUAGUUCCUGUUGUGAAUCUCAUUCAGAAUCCAGUGUUGAAUGGGAGAAAGACAUAAAAGAAAAUGGAGAAUUAUUUUACAUUCAGUCAAAUUCUCCAGAAUGUACAAUCUCAUCUCAAACUUGUUAUACAAAUCAAUCAGGUUCAGGUACCUUGGAUGAUAAAAAAUUUGAAAAUACUAAAAAAGGAAGAUUAUUAAACUGGAUGAGACGAAAAAAUAGUAAAAAUUUAAGCGUUAGAAAAAAUGCUGAUAAUUCAUCGAGUGUUGAUUCUGAAUUAUCUUCACAAAAAAACAUUUUAAAAACUAAUUCAAAUAUUGAUUCAAUCGGUGAAGGUGAUACACUCUGCGAAAAAUUAUUAGGAUUAUCAUUAAUAUUAAAAAAUAACGAAUUGGUCGUGAUAAAUAUUGUUCCUAAUGGUCCUGCUCAUAAUUGUUGCAGCAUUUCCAUAGGUUGUCAAUCGAAUAAUGAAUUAUUUUAUUUUAAACAAAGAGAUGUCAUUCACAAAAUAAAUAAUUUCAUUGUUACACCUGAUAAUAUUGAAAACAUAUUACAUUCUUUAAAUUUUCCAUGUCAGGUUGAAAUAAGAAUUGAAAAAGUAGACAAUCCAUUAGGAAAUAACAAAAGCAAUUAUCAAUCGCCUUUUGUCGAGUUUUUAACAAAAAGAAAUGAUGCUGUCGACAAUAUUCUUCUGAAUCAACCACUUGGAAUAGUUGUUGUUGAUGUUGAAAGUCAAAAUCUUAACAAGGAUGAUGUUAUAUAUUGUUAUCCUGAAAAAUGUGUUUUGUCAUCUUGCAGAGGUGCUUUUGUAACACUUUAUCAUCUUCUUGCCGAAAUUAAACCAAAUGAUAUAUGCAGAAGUUCAAAUGUUAAAAUAAAAGAGCAACCAACAUACAUUUUCUACAAUGCUGAAGAUAAUUUUUUAAUUUUAAUUGCCAUACCUCAAUGGAAAUGCACACUAAAGGAGGCAACUUAUGUAGUACAAGACUUGAUAAAAAAUUUAUUAUUCAAUAAUCAGACUUUAAAAAGAUGCUUUGAAAUAAACGAAAAAUCAUGUCUCGAUCAUUUUUUCUCAUUAUUUUUCACACGACUUUUAAUCAACGGUUUUUUAUCAGAUGGAACCCAACAGUGCAAUUUAGAAAAUUUGACAAAUAAUACUUAUUUAAAUAAUACUCCUCUGUAUGGUUUUGAAGAUAUACUACCAUAUGCCGGUUGGGUACCACUUCCAAAAGAAGCUCAGAUUCAGAUCAAUGAAGCAUUAAACGAAUUAGAAGCCAACGAUUUUGAAAACAUGGAAAAAAAUCAAAGACUUUUCAGUAUUUUGGGUUCGUGUUUUUUUCAUAAAGGUUAUCUUUUAGCAUCACAUCUUUCAAAAGAUGAUCUUCUUGACGUGUAUUCAUUUUAUCGUCAAAAUGGUUUAAUACAAUUAUUUAGAAAUGAACCCGUUAAAUCAUUGGUUAUUUGGAAACAAGUUUUUCCAUUGUCCGUUAAUAGAGGAUUUUCCAGUAAUAAACCUGGUAAUUAUCCAGUUCCAAAAGGAAAAUGGUUUAUUAUAGUUGUAGGACAGGGAUUCGAUUCAUUGGCUGUUAUUUUAGAAGCGGGAGAAUUUUGUGCUAAAAUUUGUGAUAAUGCAGGACCGGCUUUACCUUAUAUCGAAGAAGCAGAAGAAACUUUAAUACACAUGCAAAAAUUGGGAAUUUCUUCUUUGGCAUCUCAAUGGUUAGAAAAUAACAGCAGGUUUAGAACGGUCACCCCUGAAGAAGUAUUUAUUAACAAAAUGAAUAAUAAAAAAGAUAAUUUAUUAAAUUUUGUCAAAACUUUUGAUGGAACUCAAAAAAAUUCCGCACAGAAAUCUUUACCUCAAAAAUCAGAGGAAUCCAUUUUGGGAAAAAAAAAUCGUGGAACGUUGGUUGUUGAUACAUCAGAAGAUUCCAUCAGUCAAACUCCAAGUAAUGAAGUUAGCGAAAUCAGUGAUGAAAAUGCUCCAAUAUUAGGUAGAAGAGGUGAAAGGAAUAAAAUAUCUAAUGAAAAUAUAACAUCAGAAUCUGAUAGUUCAGAUUCUGAUUGGGAUUCCAGCAAAGAUUCAAAUAUGAGAGAAAGUGUUUGCAGUGGCAGCAAUGAAAAUUUUUAUUUGUACAACGUCGGAGAAGUUUUACCGUCCAGAUUGACGACCGGUCCGGAAGACAUUUUAUUUUAUUACGUUCACUUGGAUGGAAACGAUGGGAUUUUAAUGAAUCCUCCGAUGAAUUUAAAAAGGAACACGCCGAAAAUGAAAGAACUUUUACAAAAUUUUCGACGUUGUUGUCACAUAAUACAUUCGAUUUUAGAAAAUAACAUAAAGUUUAAAAAAAACGCACAAGAUAGUACGAAACAAUUUAUCAAUAAAUCUUUGGUAGCCGUUAAAGAACAUGGCGUCAUUUUCGAAUGCACGUCAUCCGAAACCGAUUGUAAUAAAAAACCAAUGACUUUUACUUAUUGGAUUAUAGGGAGAUUAUUUUUCACUCCUCAACCACGAGAAAUUUACGUUUGUUAUCAUGACGAUGCACCACAAAAUCUUGUUGAAAUUGCAUUUAGGUUGGGAUUAAGUGCCGCUGGUUAA